AUGACUAUCAACUUGUCUUCUUCAUUGAGUUACAUUGUAUCUGUUCAUUCAUUUCAUACUCGUUCAUCUAUCCUUCUCUGCAUCUUCAUGGAGCACUACCUAUCCUUUCUACUAUUAUUAUUACUCUUCACUUUUGCCACUUCCUUAGACACCCUCACCUCUUCUUAUAUCCUUAAGCCCCCUCAAACUUUAACCUCCAAGGAUGGUAUGUUCCACCUUGGAUUCUUCAACCUUACCACCAACUCAUCAACAUCAUCUUACCUCGGAAUCUGGUACAUAACCAACCCCCCUGUCGUCUGGGUUGCUAACAGAGACCAACCAAUCAAAGGUAAUGAUAGUGUAGCAGUGCUCAAGAUAUCCGAGGAUGGAAACCUUGUUGCCAUAGAUGCACGUAAUAAUGAGAUCCUUUGGUCAACGAAUGUGUCAAACAUUGCAUCCCCCAACACCACAAGUGCUCAGCUUCUCACCACCGGAAACCUUGUGUUGCAAGAUAACGCCACAGGGACGAUACUGUGGCAGAGUUUCCAACACCCCACAGACACGUUCCUGCAGAACAUGAAGAUUAGCGCCAACAGGAUCACCGGCAAGAAAGUAAACGUAACCUCGUGGAGAACACCUCAUGAUCCAUCUACUGGAGACUUCUCUGUGAGCCUUGAACGCCUUAGUAUCCCUGAAGCGUUCAUCUGGAGAGGGGAGAGUCAACCUCACUGGCGAAGUGGCCCAUGGAACGGUCAAAUAUUUAUUGGGAUACCUGACAUGACCGCAAAUUAUAUUGACGGGUUCUACAUGAGUGGCAAAGAUGAAGAGAGCAACGGCACUUACUAUCUUUCUUAUAGCUAUGCAAAUCAUAAUCUAAGGAUGUUCGCGUUGGGUGCUGAUGGAAACUUAAAUGAAUACUACUGGGAUUAUUCAAAGAAGAAAUGGUCCAUGAUGUGGUCUGUUAUUAACACUGAGUGCGGUGUUUAUGGCAAGUGUGGAGUAUUUGCAAGUUGCGACCCUAAAACUUCACCUAUCUGCACUUGUUUGAGAGGGUAUGUUCCAAGGAAUGCAGAGGAGUGGAACAAACAAAACUGGAGCAGCGGCUGUGUUAGGAAGAUACCUCUGCAGUGUGAGAGCAAUAGUAGUGGUGAAUCGGCAGCAGUAAAAGAUGGGUUUGUGAAGCUUCAGAAUACCAAGGUUCCAGAUUAUGCUGAGUGGUUGUCUUCUAUUGACUUUGACUGCAGAACUGCGUGUUUGGGAAACUGCUCUUGCAAAGCGUAUGCUUAUGAUGUUGGAAUUGGCUGUAUGCUGUGGAGUGGAAACUUGAUUGACAUACAGAGAUUCUCAAUGGGAGGAACCGAUCUUUAUAUACGUGUUCCCUCUUCAGAGCUUGAUGAGCAGAAGAAGAAAAAUCAUGCCUCAGUGAUCAUUGCAGUUACAGUCUCAGCAGUAGGAACUAUUGGGAUUUUGAUUUGCGUGUUCAUCCUGUGGAAAAGAAGAACUGCAAUAGGAGAGAGAGCAAAUUUCAGAAUACCUACAAUAAGCAACACAAAAUACCCAAGCAAAGUCAAACUCCCGGAGCUUUCCCAAUUUGAGUUUGAAAAGCUUGCAAUUGCAACAAACAACUUUCACUUAGAUAAUAAGCUGGGGCAAGGAGGAUUUGGACUAGUAUACAGGGGAACAUUGGAAGAUGGACUAGAAGUAGCAGUUAAAAGACUUUCAAGAGCUUCAUAUCAAGGACUAGAAGAAUUUAUGAAUGAGGUUCUAGUAAUAUCAAAACUUCAGCACCGUAAUCUUGUUAGACUUCUUGGAUGUUGUGUAGAAGGAGAUGAGAAGAUUUUGGUGUAUGAAUACAUGCCAAAUAAAAGUUUAGAUGCAUAUCUGUUUGAUUCAUGUAAGCAAGUAUUAAAUUGGGAAAAACGUUUUCAUAUUAUUGAAGGAAUAGCUCGAGGUUUACUUUAUCUUCACAGAGACUCUCGACUAAGAAUUAUCCAUAGAGAUUUGAAGCUAAGCAAUAUAUUACUUGACGAAGAGCUAAAUCCAAAGAUUUCAGAUUUUGGUAUGGCAAAGAUUUUUUGCCACACUGAAAAUGAGGCAAAUACUAUGAGAGUUGUUGGAACAUAUGGUUAUAUGUCACCAGAAUAUGCUAUGGAAGGACUAUUUUCAGAGAAAUCUGAUGUAUUCAGCUUUGGUGUUUUACUACUAGAAAUUGUCAGUAGGAGAAAGAACACUAAAUUUUAUGAAGAUGCAGAAUCAUUGAGUCUUUUAGGAUUUGCAUGGAAAUUCUGGAAUGCUGAUAACAUUCCACCUCUGAUAGAUCCAGAGAUAUUAAAUCCGAUCUGCAAUGAAGAUAUAAAGAGGUGCAUACAUAUUGGUCUUUUGUGUGUACAAGAACUUGCAAGAGAUAGGCCUACAAUGACUGCAGUGGUUUCAAUGCUUAAUAGUGAGACUGUUAAUCUUCCUUCUCCCAAGCAGCCAGCAUUCGUGCAGAGGCAGACUCUGCUGGAUAUAGAGUCUUCUAUGACAAGUGAUGGAUUAUGCUCCAUUAAUAAUGUGAGCCUAACAAAUGUCCAAGGAAGAUAACCGAUUGGCCACAAUGUUGGUUCAAAAUAGUCACAUUAUGUAUUGACACAACUUUGGUUGAGAGACAUUAGCAUUUUGCUGAUGGGUCUAACUUUAAUAAGGCUGGGAUUUUAUGUGAUAUAUUACUUUACUAUCAUGUUUGUUGAUUGAGUUAAU